AAUAAAAUCAAUACUUUGUAACGCGUAAUACGAAUUUAGAGCUAUUCAAGAGAUCCAUUGCUUAUUCAAAAAUCCAGUCGAAUCCAGGUCAAUUAAUACUAAAAUAUUUAUAACACAAAUAUGUGUCAUGAACACACAAUGUUAAAAUUGUGAUAUAUGUAGUUAUUGGCAUGUUUCCAAUUUCUUUUCAUAACAAACUAUGUGCUGUGUUGAUGAACGGUUGUAUUUGUGGUCUCUUUAUUUUCAGAUUUCUGGUGCAUUGUUAAUAUCAAAGAUAUGAAAUACGUUACACUUUCACAAACAAACGAUCUAAUGCCCACUUUGGGUUUGGGAACUUGGCAGGCUUCCUCUGAUAUAAUAGAAACAGUUGUUUACAAUGCUUUAGAGCUAGGAUACAGACACAUUGAUACAGCAUUUAAUUAUAAUAAUGAGAAAGCUAUUGGUAAUGCUAUUAAAAAAUGGUUAGAAAAUGGAAAAGGAACAAGAAAUGAUCUGUUUAUUACUACUAAGCUACCUCAUGUCGGAAAUCGAGCUUCUGAUGUCAAGAAGUUUUUGGAACUACAACUAAAUAUACUGCAACUAGAUUAUGUGGACUUGUAUUUAAUACAUGUUUCAUUUGGCUUUCAAUGCAACCCUGAGACCUUAACCCCAUUAGUGAACCCUUCAGGAGAAUAUGUUUUGGAUAUGGAAACAGACCACAUAGCAACUUGGAAGAAAAUGGAGGAAUGUCAAAAAGAAGGACUUGUACGCAACUUAGGAUUAUCAAACUUCAAUGAGAGCCAAAUAUCCAAAAUUAUCAAAGAGGCUACAAUAAAGCCACAAGUGCUGCAAGUGGAAUUACACGCGUAUUUCCAACAGCGAAAACUAGUCCAGUUCUGUGAAGAAAAUGAUAUAAUAGUUACAGCUUAUGCACCCCUAGGUAGCCCUGGAGCCAAGGAUCAUUUUGUCACCAAAUAUAAUUAUAGCCCUGAUACAUUUCCUGAUUUACUUGGACAUUCUGAAGUGAAAGCUAUUGCUGAUCAUCAUGGUAAAACAACUGCACAAAUUUUGCUUAAUUUUCUCCUUAAACAGAAGAUUGUUGUUAUUCCCAAGAGUACUAGUGAACAUAGGUUAAAGGAGAAUAUGGAUAUAUAUGAUUUUGAAUUGACACCUGAAGAAAAUAACAGUAUUAAGAAGUUGGAUAGAGGUGAAAAGGGACGUAUUUUUAACUUUUUGUUUUGGAAAGGUGUCGAAAACCAUCCAGAGUAUCCAUUUACAUUCAUAAUCCAGUAAUGAUGAAAAACAUUAGUUACUAUCUACUAAACUUUAUUGAUAAUUCUAGUCAAUAAUAAUAAU